UUGGAUAAAUGUAAUUUUCAGAAUAGUUUAAAUCUAGGAUGAACAGAAUCAACCAGAAAUCUGUCAAGAAAUGCAGCUUAACUGAUCUUAUCAGAAAGAUUGACGAAGAAUCAGAAACUGAUUUGAGAGGUUCAGUGUCAAGAUCAGGAUCAGGAUUAGGCUCAGGUUUGGGAUCUAGAUCAGGAUCAGGAUUAGGUUCAGGUUUGGGAUCAAGAUCAAGAUCAGGUUCAGAAACAGGAUUAGGAUCAGGAGUGCAAGGACCCAGUUCUAGAAACAAAACAAGAAAUAUCCAGAAAAGUUAUAGUGCAGAUAAUCAAUCAGGUUAUCUAAAUACAACUGAGAAAAGAGAUAGAUUUGGAAUAUCAAAAGGCUCUGGGGCAUCUUCUUUCACUCAAAGAAGUUCUACUCUUCUAAUUCAGAAUCUGAAGAAAGAAGUUGAACACCUCAAGAGUAAGUUAGAUGAGCAAAACAAGUUGGUGGGAAAACUAGAGUAUGCUCUCAGUAGGAAAACUAAGAGUUGCUCCGACUGUAGUGUUAAAGAUGAAAUUAUAGGUGAAUUAGAGUCUAAACUUCAGGAUACUGAGACUGUUUUACAAGAGACAUGGGAUUCCAUGAAUGAGGGUUCAGCUGAUCCUGUAGUUCAGUUUGAUGAUAUUAUUAUUAAAGUUCAUCAACUAAACAAACUUAUCUCAGAUGGGUUCCAGAUGCAAGCAGGACACAGAGAAGGAAGGUUUAAUUCUCGUCCUACGGUUGAACUAAUCAUUUUUCAAGAUUUCUUUAUCCUUGACUCUUCGGUUAGAAAAUAUACAGAUCAGACAGGACAUGCGUUUCUACAGGACAUCCUAGACGGUUACUUUCCAACAGAACUAGAGGAGAGUUUUCCCGACGGAGUAUACAUUGAUAUCAUAGAUAGGCGUAGCGACAAGCUUUCUGCUUUACAGUUUGGGUUCCAGGGCUCUGGUAGGAAGCUUGAGUCCCGACCAGGAUCUAGCUGCUCAUCUAUCCAAGAACUAAACGAACCUUCAAAUAGUUCCCUCUCAAUCUCUUCCUUCUCCUCCUCCUCAGCUAAAAUAUACAGAACGUCUUCGCAAGAAUCUAAAAGAAAAAAACAAGGUAACUGUGGGCUGUACAGGGACAACAAUAAUACAACACGGAAUAAAAGAUCUCCUAAGUUGUCAUCCCCUUUGCCCAGCAACAGAGAGAACUUAAAUUCUAAUGGUAACAUGAAGACCAAGAUCAAAAUAAUCGGACAAACUAUCGAUCCCAUAAUACUAGAAUUGUUUGGUGAGGAUACUAUUGGAUAUAUCAAGAACUGUUUACGAGAACAAUUUUCUUGUAAGAGGGUACAUCUGUAUACCGGGAUAUAUUUCAGGGUACAUCUGUAUACCGGGAUAUAUUUCAGGGUACAUCUGUAUACCGGGAUACCAGAGAAAGUAAAAACGAGAGGAAUACAAACCCUUUUACAACUAGGUUUGGUGCCGAAUGGUAUUCUCCAUAUGCAAGUACUGCGUUAAAAAAAUAUUAGUCGGAAAUAAAUAAAUAGAAAACCAAAA